AAAAACCUGAAGCAGCAUUCCCUAUUUUUGGCGGUAAUACCCAAACCCAGCAAGCUCUCACUCAUAGCUGAUCAGCAAGCCUCAAUAGCUUGAACGAUGGCCGAAGAAGAAGAGCGGCAGCAGUACCAACCCAAUUCGCCCUCUCCAGAUACGGAAAUUACAGAAAACCCAACUCAUCAACAGCAAGAAGACUACUCUUGGCCGGCGAUACGGUUCGAUGUUCAUCCGCACAGAGCCUUCCAUUUCCGCCACCAGUUCCGAACUUCCCCAAUUCCGAACAACUUUCUCAAGGGCGUCAAAUGGUCGCCGGAUGGGUCGUGCUUUCUUACCUGUUCCGAGGACAACACGCUUCGUGUUUUCGCAUUACCAGAUUAUGGGAGUGAGAAUGCUAAUGAGUGUUCUGUAGCUGCUGAUGAAGCAGAUUCGUACGCUGCAAACCUUGUUGUGAACGAGGGAGAGUCUGUAUACGACUUCUGUUGGUACCCGUACAUGUCUGCUUCAGACCCAAUUACCUGUGUUUUUGCAACUACAUCUCGUGACCAUCCAAUUCAUCUUUGGGAUGCUUCUUCUGGACAGCUACGUUGCACUUAUCGUGCUUAUGAUGCCGUGGAUGAAAUCACAGCUGCUUUUUCAAUUGCCUUUAAUCCUACUGGAACAAGGAUUUUUGCUGGAUACAACAAAUCUGUUCGGGUGUUUGAUUUACACAACCCUGGUAGGGAUUUUGAACAAUAUUCGACCCUUCAAGGAAACAAAGAAGGCCAAACAGGUAUUAUGUCCGCAAUGACUUUUUGUCCAACCCAUAGUGGAAUGCUUGCUAUAGGUUCUUAUAGCAAGACUGCUGCAGUAUAUAGAGAAGAUAAUAUGGAACCCUUGUAUGUAUUGCAUGGCCAUGAAGGUGGGAUUACACAUGUCCAGUUUUCAAGGGAUGGAAAUUAUUUAUAUACUGGAGGCAGAAAGGAUCCUUAUAUAUUAUGCUGGGAUAUACGCAAAGCGGUUGAUGUUGUGUACAAGUUAUAUAGGUCAUCGGAAGAUACCAACCAACGGAUUUUGUUUGAUAUUGAGCCACUUGGACGCCAUCUUUGUACAGGUGGUCAGGAUGGUGUUGUGCAUAUCUAUGAUCUGCAAACUGGCCAAUGGGUAUCAGGCUUCCAAGCGGCAUUGGAUACUGUUAACGGAUUCUCCUUUCAUCCCUUUCUGCCAAUGGCUACCACUUCUUCAGGGCAUCGAAGAUUUGUUGAUCCUGAUGAUGGCAAUGACGAAUUGCAUCUGAGUGCUGACGAAAAUUGUGCUUCCGUGUGGAGCUUCUCUGUUGCUUCAAUGGUGGAGAAUGAUGGUGCAAUGGACGGCGAUGAUUAUAACAGCCACAACCUUGACCAGCAUCCCUAGACAAACAGCCAUGGCGAGACUUCGUUAUGGAAAGAUCGAUGGAGAUGUGUGCAUCAUUUGACUAAUUGUUGUACAUGAAUUGAAUUAGAAGGUUAUGAACACGAUCAUUCAAUAGGAAAUGACUUCAUGCAUCGACUUGUUAAAGUACAACCCAAAUAUUUGAGCUCAAUUUUUAUGGUAUACGGGAAACGACGCGUUUUACAAA